AAGAGCACAGGAAGCUCCCACCCGCGCCAGUAAUAACUUCGCGCCUCGGUGGCCAGAGCUGGACGCCUCCCCCCGGCCAGUCCGGAGUGGAGGUUCUCCUGGAGAUAUGGACACUGCAGAGGGGGCCCAGGCCCCGGACACCAGCCUCGAGGAGCAGGAGGCCCUGGCACCAGAGCCCACAGCUGUAGGGAGGCCGGAGCCCCUGAGCCCGUCCACUGCCGACGUGAAUCCACCCCUGGCACCAUCUCCAGCGCCAGCGCACCCCACAUCCCUGGGAGCCCCCGAGGAAAUGGAGGGUCCAGGGCCCGAGACGCGGCAAGAGGAGGCAGCCAGCCCCUGGGCUGGGCCAGAGGAGCUGGAGCUGGAGCUGCGGGAUGGACAGAGACGCGUGCAGGCCCGACUCAGCCUCGCCGAGGGCCUGUGCUGGGGCCCAUUCCACGGGAGCAUCCAGACCAGAGCAGCGCCGCCUGGGCUGACGGAGCCGAGCCCAGCCCUGACCCUGCUGCUCACUGACAAGGCCUGCUGGCUGAGGACGCUGCCCCAGGCCCUGACCGAGGCUGACGCCAACUCGGAGAUCUACAGGAAGGGUGACAGCCUGUGGUGCAGGGUCACCAGGCUGGUGCCCCCGGGUGAGGCCCUGCGUGUGCUUCUAACGGCCGAGCCCCGAGGCACCCCCAGUCAUCCCAUGAAGGAGGAACCAGCAGAGCCCGAGAACCCUGCUCCAGCACCCCCCGACAUCCAGCUGCUGCCCCAGCAGGCCGGCAUGGCAUCCAUCCUCGCCACAGCAGUCAUCAACAAGGACGUCUUCCCAUGCAAGGACUGUGGCAUCUGGUACCGCAGUGAGCGCAACCUGCAAGCCCACCUCUUCUACUACUGCGCUAGCCGCCAGGGUGCCAGCUCGCCAGCUGCAGCAGCCACAGAGGACAAGCCUAAGGAGCCGUACCCCAACGAGCGGAUCUGCCCCUUCCCCCAGUGCCGCAAGAGCUGCCCCAGCGCUAGCUCCCUGGAGAUCCACAUGCGCAGCCACAGCGGAGAGCGGCCCUUCGUAUGCCUCAUCUGCCUGUCGGCCUUCACCACCAAGGCCAACUGCGAACGCCACCUCAAGGUGCACACAGACACGCUCAGCGGUGUCUGUCACAGCUGCGGCUUCAUCUCCACCACUCGGGACAUCCUCUAUAGCCACCUGGUAACCAGCCACAUGGUGUGCCAGCCCGGCUCCAAGGGUGAGAUCUACUCGCCAAAUGCAGCACACCCAGCUGCCAAGCUGCCUGCAGACACCCUUGCUGGCCUCCAGCAGCACCCAGGCCUGCACGGUCCCCUGGCGUCCUCGGACCUAGGUCUGGCACCCAUCCCGUCACCAGGCCUGGACAAGAAGGCUCUGGUCGAGGCCACCAACGGGGAGGCCCAGAAUGGCAGCGGCAGCGAGCCCUCCACGGUCCCCAAGAGCGUCAAGGUGGAGGCAGCCGAGGAGUCCGAAGCGGCGCGCGUGCCAGGCCAGGUAGAGCCUGCACCCCGGGCCCCGUCGCGGACGCCGUCACCACACAGCCCCAGUGAGACCCGCGUGAAGGCCGAGAUGCCCAGCCCCACAGCCUGA